UGUAUAAUUUCAUUGUGUUAUUUUUUAUUACUAGAGAAAUUUUAUUUUAUUCUAAUAGGAUAUUUUGUUUUUGUGGCAGAGUAAAUGUUCUUUAAAUCCUUAAAAAUUUUAGAAGAUUAUGUUGUUAUUCUUAUAUCUUGCAAAAAAUUUCAUCAGAAAAUAUUUGCCCAAUUAUAUUGUAGGGAAAAAUAAAGGGAAAAAUGGUGCCAUUCAGGAUUACGUGAAAACAGAAUGGGAAAAGGAGCAAAGACAGACGGCAUUUUUUUGUUGCGGACGCUCCAGAUACAAAUAAAAUGAUUAUUAAUCAAUAUACAAAAUAAUAAAUUGUAGUAUAUUCUCUACAACAAUUGUAAAUAAUAUAUAUUACGGUAAUAUUAUGAAAGUUGGUGCAACAAUUAUGCAGAUAAUUUCCGGAGUACUAUGGUAUUCACGGACUAUUCUGGGUAAUCGUUUUGUAUGGAUAGAUAAAAACAUUAUUCUGUUAUGGAAACAAAAAGAAGUAGCGUGCAUAAAAAAUCAAGUAAUUUUUCUGUUCGGUUAUCAAUGCAUGUGAACUGAUUCUAUUAUAUCUAUAAUAGUGCAUUUUAUCGUCGUCAUUUAAUAGAGUAAAUAUUAUGAUAAAUUAUAAUAACAUUCAUAUAGCAGCUACACUUGUUAAAAUUAGGAUAAUCAUGUAGGUCACUUUUAAAGUACUACAGUCCCAACUUUUGUGUAAACAAAAAAAAAUAACUUUAUUUUGUUGUGGUAAUUAAUUUUUUCUUCGUGUGAGUUUUUGUCUUAUAGUAUGCUUUUGUGGUUAAAUCUUCUGGAUUGAUCAACAAACACGAUUAAUCGUCUUUAAUGAUUUUCGCGGCUACGUUUUGAUGACCCAUUGUCACACACGUAUCUCGAUUCAUUCGCACAGUUGCGAUUACUUGCUCCCUCUUAUCCCGAUAUCCAUGAUGUGUUCUGGGGUGAAUCAUCAUCUAUAUUUCAUUUUUAUUUUUUUUCUUGCGAAGAUAGGAUAUCAUGGUUCUACGUUAUUUUCUCCCUCGUAUUUAUUUCAUAAAACAUACAAAGUAUGCGCUUAAUUUUGAUCUUAUCCUCUGAUAUAACAAGUAUCUGAUAAAACUUCAGGACUUUCCACAAUGUUACAAUCACUUUUCUCGGGAGAUAUUGCAAUAGGGAUGGUGUUCGAAGAACUAAAACGAUAUUAAUUCUUGUCAUCAACUUUGGUCGACCUUUAAUCUCACUGCGGAUUUUCUCCGGGGAAUCGAGACUGCUUCUUGUUUCUUCAGAAUCACUGUGAAGUGAAUGAACACAAUUCUCUCUUUUAUCAUAUUCCUUAACAAAUAAAUAAGGAAAAUCUUUCCCUAUAACACGCAAAAAUCGAGAAAUAAACUAUGAACAGAUAAUAUAUAUUUUUCCGUUCUCGAAAAAGCUAUGAUCCCACGAAAGAGAAUAUUAGAAGACUACAAGGAUUAAGAAGUUAGAGAAACUAGGCAGAGAGAAUGAAGACGGGCGAGAGAAAGAAAAUAGAGUGAAACUUCAUUUAUUCAUUUAGGAAGGAGGGAGAGACGGAUAAGCGCGCUGAUAAAGUGACGAGGACAGUGAAGCAUGAUAGAGAGAAUAUAUGCAAUGAGAGAAGAGAGAAGGAUGGAAACAGAAGGAGAGAAAAAGAGGGAUGAGAGAAAGACGGAUUAAGUGCGUGAGCGAGAAAUGCAUGUGUGAGAGACGCCCGGUAGCUUCUCUACGUAGUAAGACAGUCGUUGCCUCGCUGUAAGGCUGCACGCAUCGUGUGCCCGGAAGAGCAGCCCACCUACACCCUAUCUUACGUGCGUGUGCCACUUUUUCCGCGUUUGAAUAUUGACUUAAGUAAGCGACAUGAGAUUGUGUUAAACAAAAAAGUGCGUCCUUUUUAUUUGUUGUUUUUUGUGUGAGAGCAGUGCUUUUAGCGGUGCUCCGUGAUUCAAUGUGAAGAUCAUAGUCAACGCGUGUAUGCGUUAGCUUCUAAAAAGUGAAAGCCUAACGAUCCGUUGGGAUCGGCAAAAUUACGGAAGAACGAGACAUCGAGAGGAUUAUUGUUCGAAAAAAACCUGCCGAAGGACACGGUCCUUUAGUGCACCUGUCACCCAACUGUUUGUAUCGAACGUAUCGAUUUGUCGGGACGAGUAGUGAACGGGAGAACGGGACGAGAAACAACAGUUUGUGAAAAUAAAAGACCAACCUGGACAUUCAUUUGAUUCCAACCUUGUCACGUCAGAGCGAUACUAUUAAUCGUUCGUACGACGACGGAUUCUUCGAUUUAAUCGACGAGUUUUGUCACGGAGAACGAUCACAAAUAUGAGCGGUUAAACAUUGGUUGCUCGAACGCGGACAAAAGAAUUUUCCUCAAAAUUGUCGCUCUAUCUUUGUGAUCUCGUGUGUUUUGUUGCUGUGUUGCGUUCCGUCAUAGAAACCAGUGAGAAGUGGUAAGUGGGUGAUGAUAAGUGACCCACCGUUUUGAAUGAAGUGGGUUUUAGGAUGAUGGUGGAGCGUGUCGAGGAUCACCUCUUCAUGUACCGACGCCCCGUUUACCGCGUCUUCCAGUACCUCGAAACUACCGAUUUGAAAAAAAUAGAUCAAUUUUGAUUCUACAUAAAUGUCCACAAGUGCAAACGCUUAAAUAGCAACGGUGAAAAAAACAAAGAGAAUAAGCGAAUUAAAUCAAAUUAUCAAACUUUGGAAAAGUUAUUAUUCAGUGAAUUGAAUAAAAAGCAAAUUUGAAUGUCUACUAUACUGGCAAAACAAAGACUAUGAUCGUGCAGUUUUUGCAAAUUGUGUGUCGACGAGCAUGACUGAUCAAGUUAAACUAAGCACUCGAGGAAAGUGACUUUGAUUAAAAGAGAAAAGAAGAAGAGGCAAGGAAAGAAGAGACAAUCGAUCGUCGUAACCGGGAUGGUGCUCGGCUAAUUGUGUGUAAGAUAAUUGUAUUUUGCAAUUACUUGGAUAUUUGUUAGAAAAUGUUGGAACUCGUGGAGCGCAAAACCAGCGGAAUCUCCUGGCCUACAUGUCGCACUCAAAAUCUCGACACCUUUGGAAAGAAUUCCAAAGGAGACAUACUCUUUAGACGCAGGGAAAAGAGUUGUGUGCGUGAGAAAGGAUGGCGAAGAGAUAGCAAGGGCUUACUCUGCUCUCUGGGCCAAUUGAGCUGCAGCGAUUCUUACAGUCCAGACACACUGGGAACGUGGAGGUUUCAUAAGGUGUCUCGCACAAGCCAUGAGGGGAUGAGCACUGGUGCAGGAGAUGGAGGUGGAGGCAGCGUCGGAGGUGUCCAAAGCAGUGGCGGUGGCAGAAACACCCCGCCACAUGGCUCGCCCACCCCUAUGGACAAAGCAACCUUAAAAGUCCAUCUUCCCAAUGGUGGCUUUAACGUCGUCAAGUUCGGUGAUGCAAUCGACGUUAGAGGUAUCAUCUCUUUGGUAACUAGUCGAUUAGCCGUUGGUACUAGACAUUAUCGAAAUCUGUAUGCGAUGAGACUACAUCAUCCCGGAUCCGGAGAGAGUUAUUGGUUGCAUCAGGAUACAACAAUGUAUCAGGUACAAGAAAAGUAUGAGCGCAAGCAUCCGCAUUGCGAAUGGAGGUACGAACUCCGAGUGCGUUAUCUUCCUCAGAACCUGAAUGAUCUCUAUGAAAAGGACAAAGUGACGUUUUACUACUAUUAUGAUCAGGUGCGAAACGAUUAUCUGCUUGCAAACCACGUCACUCUUGAUCAGGACAUCGCGGUUCAACUCUGCUGUCUGGAGAUCCGUUAUUUUUUCAAGGACAUGCCGCAAAUUGCUUUAGACAAGAAGAGCAAUCUGGAAUAUCUCGAGCGUGAGGUUGGUUUGCAUAAAUUUCUGCCGCGUUCCGUGCUGAAUGGGAUGAAACCAAAAGCGCUCCGAAAAUUGAUACAGCAACACUUUAAAAAAGUCGCGGCGUUGUCCGAACUCGAGUGCAUGUUUAAAUUUUUUGAGCUGCUGCGGGCACACUAUCGCUUCGACCAGGAAAGAUUUAUAUGUGCUUUAGGGUCGAGCUGGUCAAUACCUGUAGAACUAGUCAUUGGACCGGAUUUAGGUAUAUCUUACAUGGCUCAUCGAGGCGGAACAGUACCGACUAGAAUGGCAGAAUUUUCACAAAUACAAUCCAUCCAAACAUUAGUAUCGGAUUGCAAAGAACAUGCAAAAGCAUGCAUUAAAUUGAGGGUUGCGGGUGCCGCGGAGACUCUCAGUAUCACUUGUUCCAGUCUGGAUCAAGCGGAAAGCCUUGCAGAUCUGAUUGAUGGAUAUUGCAGAUUAGUUACAGGCAGCAACACUUCAUUGUGGAACAGAAAAGUUUCUCUUUAUUCGCAAGCUGGAUCAUGGAAGAAUUAUCCCUGUUCAUGCAAAGACGCACAACCGCCGAAAUAUAGGCAAGAUGGUGCCAGCAGUCCAGCGGAGAAGAACGUGAGUAAAACUGGAACUAUUUUGUCUGAAGAUUAUGCGGAGAUCGUUGACGAAGAAGGAGAUUAUUCAACACCAGCUACUCGAGAUUAUGAGAUAGUUCGAAAUCAAGUAGAAUUAAGUGAAAUUAUAGGAGAAGGCCAAUUUGGUAACGUUCAUAAAGGAUCAUACAAAGGAAGAGAUGGUCAAACCAUCGCUGUUGCCGUUAAAACUUGCAAGGUUGAUGCAGAUCUUGCCACUGCCGAAAAAUUCCUGGAAGAAGCUUAUAUUAUGCAGCAAUUUGAGCAUCCACAUAUUAUCAGAUUGAUCGGUGUCUGCUCAGAGGCACCGAUUUGGCUUGUGAUGGAAUUAGCUAGACUCGGAGAAAUGCGCGCUUAUUUGCAAUCUAAUAAACACCGUUUAGACCUUGCCACGCUUUUACUGUAUACAUUUCAAUUGAGCACUGCCCUCUCAUAUCUCGAAAGCAAGAAAUUCGUACACAGAGAUAUCGCUGCGAGAAACGUAUUGGUUUCAUCGUACAACUGUGUCAAGUUGGCGGAUUUCGGUCUUAGUAGAUGGGUGGAAGAUCAGAGUUAUUAUACCGCAAGCAAGUGUAAGCUGCCAAUUAAAUGGAUGGCACCAGAAAGUAUAAACUUCCGAAGAUUUACAACUUCGUCCGACGUUUGGAUGUUUGGUGUAUGUAUGUGGGAAAUUUUAAUGUUAGGCGUAAAACCAUUCCAAGGCGUGAAAAAUAACGAAGUGAUACGCAAGCUGGAGAACGGAGAGAGACUCGCUCUUCCUAAUCAUUGUCCGCCACGAUUAUAUUCCUUAAUGUCUCAAUGUUGGAGCUAUGAACCCAGCAAGAGACCGACGUUUAAAGAAAUUAGAGAAACUUUACACGAGAUUUUACUAGAAGAAAAGCAUCAGCAGCAGGAGACUAUGAGGCGAGAGAACAGAAGGGUACAAGCCAUGUCUUGGGGUGCAGAUGAUGUGCCGCCACCAAAACCCUCCCGGCAGCCACAAAAUACAACGGAGCAAUCGCAAUUAUCUGCGGCACCGGUAUCCACGUACAUUGUGGCGCAAAGUCCUGAGGUUCUUGCACAACUUCUCAAGGACAACCAAGCCAGAGGGGUAUGUCCCUCCGUGUAUACGACACCCGCGUCUCCCUUCAACACUCUGGCAGUGCAAUUUCAGGACGAGGAUCAAGUCCUAACCACCGCCUGUGUGUCUGACCUACCCUUCUUCGAUCCCGCGUUUUCCGAACCACCGUCCAUCACCACGCACGACACUACUCAAUCGGGCGGUGAUUCCACCCUGUCCGAUACCAAUUUAGAUUCCCUCGACUCCUCGGACAACACACCUCUCAUGUCGAGCCUAAGUAUUUCAGACAUGGUAACCCAGACACAAUCGCCCGCCGUCAACCGAAAGCAGCAAAAAGUUAAAGAGAUGCAAAACUUGUACGCGGUUAGUUCAAAGGUGGUCGGUAGCGUCACGGGGGAUCUGUAUUCCCCCGUGCAGAAAUUCUCCGUGUCCAGCGUCGUUCUGCCGCCACCCGCGACCGCGUCACUCGUGUCAGCUGCGGUCGCGGGCAACAUUUGCGGCGGGAUAUACGGACCGGUCGCUAGUUUCACCCAAAGUUCAGCUAUCGUUGGUAAUCUCAGUCAAAGCGCUAACUUAAGUGGUAAUUACGGUGAGAAUCCCGGAAAUUCAGGUCCUAGUAGUUUAGGCAGCAGUAUAAUACCCAAUAACAGCCAGACGCAGUCUGCCGUGAGUGGUUCGCAUGCUCUUAGUCAGUCAAUUAAUUAUAACUUUGCGGCAAGUAACAACACGAGUCAAGUAUUUAGUGAUGGUAACAGCGAUCAAUCUGCAAAUCAGAAUGUUAACAGCGUGCAGAAUGCUGGUAGUAGUAGUAACGCUGCUGGCUGUGGUGGUGGUGGAGAUGGUAGUACCAUUGUUUACUCUCGUAAUAUUAACUCGGUAAAUGUAGGUAGUUCCGUGCCAAAUGCGGAAUGUUUGUACGGUCCGGUACUCAAGUUCCGUGCACAAAGUGCACAACCGCAAUUAGCUGUAACCGCGACUGCGACCGCGACCGCUACCGAGUUGAAGCCAGUUGGCGCAACAAUUGGAAAUUACGGUCAAGUUGGAAGAAGCAAUCUGGUAGCGCAGAAUCUACAAUCGCAACCGAUGUAUCCGCAGAAUUAUCCGCACCAGCAAAUCUAUUCGAAUAUCGCUCAGCCAGCAGUAGCACAACCUAUGUAUCUGUUACAAAUGCAACACGCGCAAAAUAUCGGCACGCGACAGAAUGCUGUUCCGCAGGCCGUAUCCUACGCGGCGAUACAGCAUACGAACCAACCUCAGUUAAGUGGUAUCAAUCCACCAAUUUACACGGCUCAUGCCACGUCCGUGUCGGUGGUCCAAGCUCAAAAGAUGCACAUGUCAAAUUAUGCUCACCAGUCUGGGAUUAGCGACGAUCAGAUAGCGACUUAUCAAACAACCGGCGCGAAUCAAUCGGCGAGCAUUGGACUAAUGCAAGCUUCCUCUGUUCCAUCACACUUUGUCAUGUCGUCCUCGACGACUCAACAGAGUAUUCAUUCGAUACCAUCUGGCUACAUAGUAGACCAACAGCAACCGAGUUCUCUCGGUUCUAUUGAUUAUAAUCAAGUGCCCGUUAACGUCAGCAAUGUAAUGACGAGCAUGAGCAACAUGCAUCAGCAACAAGUAGCGCAAUCUCAGAUGGCUACCGGGAUCGCGAAAGCAACAAACAUAUCGCAAAUCGCGACGGGCGUCGCCAAGGUCACUAGUUUCGUGACACCACAAAAGCAGGAUGAACAGUUGACGAGCUCGACCGACGGCACUCUCUCUGGCUCUCUGAUCUCUUCCGCUGUCAGCGACAGCACCGUGUCAUCUAGCAGCUCGAUGACAGAGGAGGCACAACAAGAUCAGAGAAACGUUCAUUCGCAACUAUUUGACAAUCUGACUGAUAAUUUCAAUAGUGGCAUUGAUGACGAACAAAAACUAUUGGAACAACGGUUGUUGGAACAACAACGACAGUCUGAAGAGGAUAGUCGCUGGCUAGCGAGAGAAGAGGUACAGAAACGUUUAUCGAUCGCUACGAGUGGUGAUGAAAGUGCUAGUCCCCCGGUUCCACGAUCAGUUACUCAAUCACCAAGCCAUGAGCCUCAUUCUGUCAAUACAGGCUCUCUUGGCUCGGAUAAGAGUUUCGAUAAAGUAAUUGUAGUAAAGAAAAUGGAACCUACACCUACUGCGGAUUUAGACAGAACUAACGAUAAAGUAUAUGACUGUACGACAAGCGUCGUUCGUGCAAUCAUGUCAUUAUCGCAAGGUGUUCAACAAAGCAAGGCUGAUCAGUAUUUAGAGCUAGUACGUAGAGUGGGCAUUGAAUUAAGGGCACUACUAUCUUCUGUGGAUGUUUUGGUAGAAAUAUUGCCAAUAUCCGCGCAUCGCGAAGUAGAAAUGGCGCAUAAAGUACUAAGUAAAGAUAUGGCAGAAUUAGUAAGCGCUAUGAAAUUGGCACAAAAUUAUAGUGCUACUACAUUGGAUGCUGAGUAUCGGAAGGGAAUGCUUUCUGCAGCUCAUAUCCUAGCCAUGGAUGCAAAGAAUCUCUUAGACGUAAUCGAUUCCAUCCGUAUUCGUUAUCCAUACGUGAAUAAUCAGAUUUGCCAAAGGCAGUGCGACGUUGUUAACAGAACGCGAGAAUCAACACCCGAGAAUCGCAUUCGUUUGAGUCAGUCGGGCGAGCAAUUUCUCAGGCGAAGUCAAUCGACCGAACGACAAGAAACGACCUUCCGACAAAGCCAAAGUGGUGAUCUAUUACACAGAAUAGGUCAAUCUGUAGACCGAUCCUCACCGGGAAGUCAGUCCGACCUCAAUUCCAGUAGCAGUUUAGAACGAAAACAUAAUAUAGUAACAAAUAGUCUUGAACGCAAUUCAACAGCAAGGAGACAAAUUGCUACUAAUAGUUUAGAAAGAAAGAAACCUUCAUUGACAUGUAACGCGGGGCCUAUCAAUAAUUCUGUCAAUUUACUGCCUAUGGUUCCCGUUACUUGCAAUUUGGUUCAAACCGCAAGUCCCGUCAUACAUCCGAGUCAGUCGGUUACAACAGGCGUUAACCAAAUGGUGUUUACGGCUAACAAUAAAGUCACAAGUGAGACUUCAAUAAAUGACAGCUAACAAUGAGGUGCUUUGAAUUAAGAACUGUUUUGGAUCAUUGCUUAACAUGUAUAUAAACAAACGAUAUACUACCAAGUUACCCAUAUGUACACAUUUACAUUUCAAUAUUUUAAUGGGAGUUUUAGAAUUUGUGCUUUUCAACUCUUUUUAACAUUUAAAUAUGCAGACUUUUUAUCUAUACGUACUUAUAGAUAAGACAGUAUUCAAUAAUUGUAAUAGUAGAGUAAGAAAUUUCGCUAGAGAAUUUAAGUCUUAUUUAUAAUGAAUUAUCACAACUCCAAAGGAUUUAGAAUUAUCGUUACUAUUUGUUGUGUACAAUGCACAUAUGAAGUGAUGCAAAGUUACGUUGUACCAUAAAGAUAAGAACACAUACGCCAUUUAUUAAAUUAAAUUUUUUUUACAUUAAUAUUAUUAAAAAUGAGGUAAAGAUUUCAAAUUUAUUAUCAUAUUUAUUCUAACAUCACUUAUUCGCAUUUGAAAAUUUCUUGAUUUUCCCUGCGUCAUCUCAGUACGUAUUUUAGAUAUAUGUAUGUGAAUAUUUAUAAAUAUAUAUUUAAACGAACAAUAUUUUUUCUUUUUGAACAAGCUACGCGAGAAUAUAAUUUUCCAUAGGAUAUAAUCGAUGUUGUUUUUAACACAAGUUCGUAAUUUUAUAGUCUAUUUCCUACCUAGGUAUAUUGUGGACAGUAAUUAUAAUGUAAAAAGUGGGACUGAAUGUGUGUUAUUUUUAUUAAAUAAUUAUUUAAUGGUUAUAUACUAGUUUGCGACAUUUAUAUACAAAAUGUUUUAUAAAAAAUCAUUUUUCAGCGACGAGUCAGUUCCUACAGAUGUUUUUAAAAAGUUCCAUUUUUGCACAUAAGUAUACCAUUAAUAGUUUAUCGGUUUGCAGCGAUGUAUUCAUAUAUACAAUGCAUUUAUUAAAUUCGCGAUCAAAUAUUUGUAGAUAAAAAAAGUAUUGCAUUUUUACAUGUGUGCUUUUUGUCCUGACAAAAGUUGUUUGGGGGAAUAUCUGUAAGAAAUGUUCUUGACAAUUUGACACACAUAAUUAAUCAUUGUACUCGUACAUUUUAUUCAUAUAUUGUUACAAUUGGGAUAAACGUGAAAUAUUUGUAGUUUGUGAGUAGUAAAUUUGAUAUUUUAAAUUGUAUGUGGCUUUAAAGAUUCAUGUGCCAAGAUGUGCUUAUACACUCUAAAGAAAUGAAUACUAUGUUUGUGUGUUGUAAGUUUCCUAUCAAAGAAACUACUAUCACAGAUACCAGAAAAUAAUGAAUAUUUACAAUUAUUGUUGGUGCUUUUUUAUUUGUGAAAACAUCAAAUACUUUUCAUUUGAAUUGGAAAUAUUCUACAUGAAACAAAGAUUACAUUUACUGAUUAAAUCAACAAUUUAGCCACUGUGUGUUAUAAUGCAAAGUUGUAUAUACAUUUUAUUAUAAAAAUCAUUUCUUAUCUUUGUUUUAAAUAUUACGACUUAUUUAUUGUUACAAGAAAAUUUUUUAUAUAAAUAUUUGUAUACAUAAUUUGUACUUUUAUGAAAAUUUUCAGCAUUGUUCAUAAGUAAAUUUAAAUCAUUUUUCAUCUUAUAAUACAUUUAUAAGUUUUAUUAUUUGACAUACAUAAUAACUGAUGAAACAAAUAUCCGAUUUAAAAAUAAUUUGUAAUUAUUCUAUCAUGACAAUCUGUUACAUUUUCCUGAAAUUCUAUUUAAUUGUAAUUAAAAAUAACAUCAGAUUAAAGAAAAAGUUGAUUUUCUAAAAUGCUUUAUAAUAAAAUUUUAUAGUCAAAGAGAUAUAACAAGAGUUAUUUGUGGCCAAUAAAAUUAAUAAUUAUUGUCUAAUCUUCAGAUUAUAUAAUUAUUGUAAUACAAUAAUUAAAUGUUAUAAUUUCAAUUAUGGACUUUUAAUGAAUGAUUGAUAACAGCAAUAUAUAUCACUGAUAAUGUCACUAUUACAUCAGUGUAAAUAAAUUAAAAAAUUAAUUAUACGUAAUCUUAUUUCGUCUCAAAAAUAUUUAUAAAUCGUGUAAAUGUAAUUAAAUAUAAUGAUUAUACAAGUUAAA